AUGUCUCAACGUAUCAGCUUUAAGGUCGAGGGAGAAGUCCAGGGUGUCAACUUCAGAAGCUUCACCGUCAAGCAAGCAAAGUCUUUGGGCAUCACCGGCUACGUCCAAAAUGAAUCUAAUGGUAGCGUCACUGGUGAGGCUCAGGGUGACAGCAGCGCUCUCAAAGAAUUCCAACAACAUCUGAACAAGGGUCCUUCUGCUGCUAGUGUUUCGAAGCUCGAUGUCAACGACAUCAAGACCAAGGAAGGCGAGAGCGACUUCACCCAAUGA